CAAAACGAAAACAACAUGGCGGCUUACAGCAGAAGAAGUGAUUUCGAUUUCAAUCGAAAAACUAACCCGUUUGACGACGACUCCGAGGACGAAUUCGAGAAGGUUAACGGAGAUGAAAUUCGCAGACAAAUGCAGAUGUCAAGAGAUCGAACUCUGGAUAGCACAAAGCGAUCUUUGGCGCUCAUCGAGGAGUCGCAUGACAUCGCUGUUCGCACCGGCGAAGAACUUCAGUGUCAAGGGGAACAGUUGAAUCGGAUAGAACGCAAUCUCGACGACAUACAGAACACCAUGGGCAUCGCAAAAAGGCACAUAAGAUCGGUGAAUAGUGUUUGGGGCGCUCUUGGGAAUUAUUUCAAGAAAGCGCCCAAACCAAAAGAGACCACUGAACAGUCGACACCUGACAGUCGUUUAUCAGGGAUGCAAGAAGACUCUUCUUUGUACUAUCGCAGCAGAGAAGGCGAAAGGGAAACUGGUGGCUAUGAUGCAGGGAUCAGAAGAAGUGAGCAGUUUGAGAGAAGCGCAUACUCUUCGCGUGACCCGCGCGAGAGAGAAAUCGAAGCCAAUCUUGAUCUGGUGUCGCGAGGUCUUGGCCGUUUGAAGGAAGAUGCUUUGAUUUUGGGUAACGAGAUUGAAAGGCAGAAUGAACAGCUGGAUAGAGUCGGAGUAAAAGCAGAUAAAGCUUAUAACACGGUUGAAGAAUCAGACAAAAAAGUGAGACGGAUCUUGAGAAAAUAAACUCAAACAGUUUGAUUAUGCCAUCUGUGUAGAUUACAAUGAAAUUUAAUACCUUUUAUAAGAAUUUGCUGCUGUUCAGACAGAAAAAGGUCUUCAUAAAAAAAAAAAAAACUGUAAAACAAGGAGAAAAACAAGCAAUAAUUUGCCCUGCCGUGUGUUUACAAAAUACAUACUUUUUAAGAAAGCACAUAUUACACUUACAACGCAACUACUUGAACUGUGCCACUUAGAAAUCUAACCAAUCAAAAUGUAAACUGAAAACAUAGAGUGGGUCUUUUUCGUGAGGUCAAGUGAGGAUAUAAAUUUUAUUUACAAAAUUUUGCUUGAAAACUCGUUUUGUGACAGCUCAAUCAAGGCAAUUAUUGAAAAGUGCAUAAAAUUUACAAGUGAAAUUAAGCAAUUGUAACAAGUGGUAAAAUAUCCUGAGAGCUGCCACACUCCACUCUUCUCUUGGGUUUCCAGUUUUGUAAUAAAACUAUUGUUGGUAUUCUUCAA